CCACGAAUGCGCUUUGUUUACACUGCUCCGCCACCUGUUUGCUAUAAUACACAAUGAGGCUUCGCCAUCGACCAGGUCGUCCCCGAUCCAACUCCACGGGGAGUUGUACCCAGAAUGCCACCACAAAAUCCAACCUGAUACCUUCAGUCCCGACAAUGGUCCGGGCCAACACAGCCUCGAGUUUGCUGGAAAAGGCCGAUGCUGUCGCUAGAAUGACGCUAGAACUAAACAUGCGCGCGGUGUCCAAUCAAGCAGAACGGUUAGAGCAGGACGUCAAAAGCCUGGUACUAAGCACAUCAGAAGAUAGGUUAUUCCGACAAGUGCAUGAACGACGAAUGGAAGACAUAUAUAAAGAAAUCACAGCUGUCAAACAUCGAAUGGAGGAAGUCGAGCAGAUCUCACCAGCCCAAUUAGAACAGGCAAGGCAGAACACAGAGCUCGCAGUCCACGAUCUACGGGAAGAAAUGGACAUCAUGAAGGGCUCUAUACAGGACUUGUCGCACAUGUUCAAGUCUCUACCUACUUUCCUACUGCCUCCACCGGAACAGCUAUCUCCGCCUCCAUCACAGCCAACACGGUCCCAAUCAGACGUCCCGGCUCCCAGUCGGCCGCCAUAUCAAGUACAAACUCGCUCAAAAACACUGCCUUUGCGAUCGCAAUCACCACAAUCUCGAAUUAGAGAAACAGUCAACUCGACAAGACGAUGGAAUAGAGAGCACCGAACAACGACUUUGGCAGACAAUGCGUUUGUUGCAAACUAUCUACGGAAACAGUUCAAGCGCGAUCCACAGCUUGCUAUAUUCAUUCAAAAGUCAAUCAAGCGUCGCAUCCAGCCGAGACUCGCUAAACGAACUGUCAAGCCAGACUCACUGGAGGAUUUCUGCAAGGAUGUCCUGUGGGAAGAUGUCAAGAGCGCUAUUGAAGAAACAUUGGUCACUAAUACAGAUGAAGUCAUGAGAGUGCUCGGAUGA